UCUCUUCUUUUGUUGCGGAAACAGAAAGAUGACAAUAUUGGUUUGAUGGCUUCAAGGCCUAUGGAGAAACCCGGCAAAGAUCCAGGCCAGAGGUGUCCUCGCUGCAGUUCCCCAAACACCAAAUUCUGUUACUACAACAACUACAGCCUGUCGCAACCCAGGCAUUUCUGCAAAGCCUGCAAGCGGUACUGGACCCGAGGCGGAACCCUAAGAAAUGUUCCGGUGGGCGGAGGGUGCAGGAAGAAUAAGAGGGUCAAGAGGCAGGCCCCCGCCAUUCAUGGUACUUCAUUAUCAACUGCUAGUGCUUCAGCUUCAAACCCUAAUCAUGAAACCCUAAUCAACGUAUCUUCAUUCUCCAACUGUGCUGAUCCUGUGCUUUAUGGCUUACCCACGAAUCCUUCAGGGUUCACUUUUCCAUGCCCUAGGUUGAAUCCUAGUGUUUCAAACGUUAACAGUGUUUUAGGGUUUGGUCUGCAGCCUCAAUUGAGUGGUCUAGAAUUAGGGUUUCCCUCUGGGCCUGCUCCAAAUGGGCAAAUCCAUUUAGCAGAAAACAGGUUGGAUUGGGAUGUCCCUUAUUGCCAGAAUAAUCAGAUCGAUCAGACGACUAAACCCGAAGAUCCUACUCUUCAUUGGAGUAAUGCAACAAGUAUUAUUGCCUGGCCUGAUCCUGCAAAUCUUGGGUCUUGAUCUAGAAGAAAAAGAAAAAAAGAAAAAACAACUUCAUUGUUUCUUUACUUUGAUCGAUCUCUCUCUUUCUUGUUGCCUUGGGUUUGUUUGGGUAGCUAGCGUUCUUCUGCCGAUUUUCAUUCUCUUUUGUACUGAAUGUUAUGGCCACGGUGCAGUGGGAAUGGAAUUGCCCAAAAAUAAAAAAUAAAAAUAGGGUUGCUUCAGUGAGAGAGAGAUCAAGGAGCUUGGAAUUGGAGUCACUAUGUCAGCUGCAAGGAGGGUGAGUCUGUUAUUUUCUUAGUAUCAUAGGUUAGAUCAAGCUUUGAUAAAAUUACUCUUCUGUAAUUGAAGAUCAAAAAAUUAAAUUCCAGAAGUGUUUGUACAAAAAUAAGAAAAAAAUUACAUAUAUAUGAAUAUGAAUGACGAGUUUCAUACUUUGGGACACUGUUCUAUGGGUCAGAAGACCCAUUUAUUUUCUCUAAGAUCAACCUCAGCAUAGAUAGAGGGCAAAGCAUUGGGAGAAUUUGGGGUGCAACUUCAUUAUUGUACUGAUCCAUUGAGUGAUAUUCUUCUUUUUUUGGUAUAUGAUGAGGUCGUAAUUCGUAAAUGU